CAGAGCGGGGAAGAGGAAGCAUCCUCACCCACAGAUAGACUUCAAAUCCCUGCAAAGGUUCCCAUCCAGAGGCACUGCGGGAAUUUGGUUUUCCAAAGCUGGAAGAGGAGCCAGUUGCGCACGGAGCAGUGGAGUUAUAUAAGAGGGGUGGAGGAGGUGGAGGAGGGGACGUCAGUCGGUGCAUCUCAUUGAUAAAUAACACGGGUCUCUCUGCGGACAGAUGCAUGAAUGACCGCCAGUGAAGGCAGCAGUCAGUGGAGGAGAGUUUUCAUCCAAAAGGCGCACGGAGCGCAUUAAAGAGACUUUUCUUAAAACACAUUUUCCUGCAGGACUGAGACAUUUCUGCUUCUUUUUCUUCAGCCAACACAUCCUCCACAUCAUUCAACUCCUGCUUAUAAAUGCUCGACAAGCUCAAGCCCGUCAUCCAGCUCGAAUCCGUGAUGGCGAUCAGCAAGACGGUGGGCUGGCUCCGGGAGCAGCUGGAGACACGCAGGGACGGCCUGCUGGUGAUGGACUGCCGGGCCCAGGAGCUCUACGAGUCCUCUCACGUCGACUCUGCCAUCAACGUGGCCAUCCCGAGCCUCAUGCUCCGGCGGCUGAAGAAGGGAAACCUCCCUGUGCGGUCUCUGCUGUCCGAUGGAGAGGACAGGGAGAGGUUUGUGCGUCGCUGCAAGACGGACACCAUCGUGCUGUACGACGAGUACAGCCGGGAGUGGAACGAGAAUGUGGACGGAGGCUCGGUGCUGGGGCUGCUGCUCCGGAGGAUGAAGGACGAAGGCUACAAGGCCUAUUACCUGGAGGGUGGCUUCAGUAUAUUCCAGGCUGAGUAUCCAGGUCUGUGCGAAACCAACCUGGACGGCACCACCAGCACCAGCUCCCCCACCGCCCAGGUGCUGGGCCUCGGCGGGCUGCGCAUCAGCUCCGACUCCUCAUCCGACAUCGAGUCGGACAUCGACCGGGAGCCCAGCAGCGCCACCGACUCUGACGGCAGCCCGCUGUCCAACCCGCAGCCCUCCUUCCCGGUGGAGAUCCUGCCGCACCUGUACCUGGGCUGCGCCAAGGACUCCACCAACCUGGACGUGCUGGAGGAGUACGGCAUCAAGUACAUCCUCAACGUGACCCCCAACCUGCCCAACCUCUUCGAGAACGCGGGGGAGUUCAAGUACAAGCAGAUCCCCAUCUCGGACCACUGGAGCCAGAACCUCUCUCAGUUCUUCCCCGAGGCCAUCAGCUUCAUCGAUGAAGCUCGAGGCCAGAAAUGCGGCGUCCUGGUCCACUGCCUGGCGGGCAUCAGCCGCUCCGUGACCGUGACGGUGGCCUACCUCAUGCAGAAGCUCAACCUGUCCAUGAACGACGCCUACGACAUCGUCAAGAUGAAGAAGUCCAACAUCUCGCCCAACUUCAACUUCAUGGGCCAGCUCCUGGACUUUGAGCGCACGCUGGGCCUCAAGAGCCCGUGCGACAACCGCAUCGCGCCGCCGACCCAGCAGCUCUACUUCACCACCCCGACCAACCACAACGUCUUCCAGCUGGACCCUCUGGAGUCCACGUGAGGCCGCCCGCCAAGACCACCGCUCUUUGUCGGAGGUUUCUUGGGCCUCCCUUUUGGAAAAGCUGCAUAAAGUUUUCUCUUGUUUCUGGCGUCUGCCAUGGGACCGGGCGCUUGACCUUAUUGAUGCAUCGGCGACUGCUGCUGAGCGUGGUGACUGGAGGGCCAACGCUGUCUGGCCGAGACGCAGCUGCUUGCUGACCAAACGAGGAGAGACAGUUAAAGAGACAAAGACAAAGAAGAAGAGCUUCUUCAAUCUUAUAUCACUGUCGGGACUCCUGAGGUCUUAUAUCUCUAUUUGUCAUUGUGUCUUGAGGAAACUUAAAGUGAUUUGUUGGACAGCUUAUGCUUCAAAGCUCCUGGGCUGGUGUGCCAAAGAGACAUGAUUGUUCAAACUGGACAUAUCAAAAAAUGAAACUCUCUUUUUUAAUAUGUUCGUUUUGGGGUCCACUACUGGUUCCCAAGACGCCAGGGUGCGUAGUCUCCUUCGUCUUCUGUGAAGACUUGCCUGUUUGGGGUAGAAGCACCCCGUCUUUAGACGGCACACUAUAUACUGGACUCGAUUUUGCAUUUGUGGAGUCUUUUCCAACAUUUAUACGUUGUGUAUAUAUCUUAUAUAAUAUAAAAGACAAUACAGUAAAAAGCCUUGCUCUAGUAUAUACCCUUUGCAACAAGUGGGUACUCUUUGUUUCAUAUUCUACUUUUAUGUAAGCAGACAAACUGCAUAUUGAUCAGUUUGUUAAAGUUGAUUAUGCCAAAAAAGAAAAAUCAAGUAGGAUUUUCCAAGAAUUGUGCAAAAAUGUGUACAUGUGUAAUAUAUUUGAUGAUCGCUUUACGUGUGAAUUCAGCCGACGGGCCUUGUUUUUGCACCCACCCUCUCACAAAUCAAAGUCACCUUGGUGGUUUGCCUUACUUUUGUGCUCAGAAGGUUUUUUUUUGGGGUUUUUUUUACAUUAGCCUUCAGAGAGAUUGCCCAGAUUUUUUUAUUUCAUUUUUUUUAUUUUCACACAAAACAGUCAACCAAACCGUGAGCUUUUUUGAAUAUCUUUUUUGAAUUUGGCACCACAUAGAAGAUAGCAUACAUUCGUUGGAGUCAGAAUGGCCAACAUGUGUUGUCUGGAUCCCUGAAGGUUAACGUGAUCCAUCCUGAUCUGAGCACAAGCGGUAAAAGCCUCUGACAUGUGGUCAAAGUUAGGAGGCUUUGCUCACCCUCGGCCUCUUCAGGGAAAUGCAGUUUUUAUUUGUCAAGACGAAAGAAGAAGAAGAAUGCCCCCUUACAGAGAAGGCCAUUUUCCAGAGGAAGCCAUCUUGGCGACCUCUGCCAACCCCCCCCCCCCUCCCCGUUUCCACUUU